UGCUCCAGUGAUGAAGGUUGUUCUGUUCCUCCUCUCCCUCUCGGUGUGUCUGAAGUCUUCCUGUGUCCUGGCGAAGACUUUGGAGUUCUUCAUCGCAGCAGUGGAAACUAAGUGGGAAUAUAUGUUUACAGACACAGCAGAUUCUACUGCAAACCAGAGGAAAUUAGCAUCUGGUGUCCAGAAAUACAUCAAGGCUGUAUAUACGGAAUACACUGAUUCCACUUUUACAACACCAAAGUCAAAACCUCCAUGGGCUGGUAUUCAAGGCCCGACUAUCAGAACAGUGGUGAACGACAGGGUUGUGGUGCACUUCAAAAACUUUGCAUCACAAUUUUUCAGUAUUUCUCCCAUCGGCAUUCCGUACUGGAAACAAUCGGAAGGCGCAGGGUACGAGGACUCCAGUUCUGUUCAGGAGCGAGCGGAUGAUGCAGUGCCUCCUGGUGGUUACUACAAGUACGUGUGGGACAUUUCCCCCAACUCCGGGCCAACCACAUCAGAUCCAGACUGUCUCACCUAUAUCUACUCAUCACAGGUGGACAUCGUCCGAGAUUUCAACAGCGGACUCGUCGGGACUCUCCUGAUCUGUAAGACAGAGGCUCUGACUGAGGAGAGACAGCGGAAGGCUCCGGAGUUCAUUUUGCUUCUUGCUGUCUUCGAUGAGAGUAAAAGUUGGUACCGGGAAGUGGGCCGAGCAGACAAACUGAAGAAAACUUCCAGUCCAACCCAGUACCACACCAUCAAUGGAUACAUCAACUCAACAUUACCAGACAAACAGGUGGACCUCCGUUCGUUGGCCGUUCCCCCAGGUGAGAUAAUGAUGUACCUCUGGAAAUUGACAGCAGACGAUGGACCCACGGAAGCCGACCCACGAUGCCUUACGCGCUUAUACCAGAGUAUGGUGGAUCCCGUUCGGGACGUGGCAUCUGGGCUGGUGGGACCCCUUAUCAUCUGCAAAUCCCAAUCUCUGGACAAAAGAGGCAGAGUGGUAACUUCAGAUAAAGAGAAGAAUCUCUUGUUCACUGUGUUUGAUGAAAACAGAAGCUGGUACUUUGAGGAGAACAUUAAUAAAAACAGUGAAGAUCCAACUAAGAUUGACCGCAACGAUCCAGAUUUCUACAAUUCAAAUGUCAUGCACACUGUUAACGGCUUCAUGUUCAACCACCUCCAAUUCAGGGUGUGUGUUGGCGAUGUCAUACUCUGGCAUGUGGCGAGCAUUGGCAUACAAAACAACUUCCUGUCAGUCUACUUCACAGGAAAUACGUUUGAGAGGGAUAAAACAUAUGGCACUGUCCUCACGCUCUUCCCGAUGACUGGAGACACAGUGACCACUGAAGUGGAGAUGCUAGGUGAAUGGGAGGUCAGCGCAUUUGACCCGUCUCUGAAACAGCGAGGCAUGAGUGUUCGCUACACGGUUGUUAACUGUGAAAGAGUCCUACCCAUGGUGGACAGCGAAGACUACGAUGACGAAUUCAUCGAGUUCAUUGAACGGAACUUCCCGAUUCCACGAGGCACAAUGGAAAAGAACCGCACUAUCGCCAUUCGCGUGUGCCGAAACAGAACUAUGACGGACUCUGCGAUUGGGCGAGUAAACACGAGCUCAGACAAUGAGAGACAAAGCAGAACCCGUGUGUGUGAGAUAAGAUAUAUUCCCGUAAAGUGGGAAAAAGAUCUGGAUGCGUUAUCACAGGGCGGUAUUCCACAGGAUAUUUUGGAUCAACUGGAUGGGGAGAUGGGCGGAAAUUCAUUGGAACGUCAGAAAAGGUCCCACAAUGAAUCUGAGCCUUACAGAACAAGGCCAAACGAGAUUGACCCUACAGUCAUGUUAAAUACCACAGAAAACAAGGAAUUAACAGGGGAACAUCAACAUUUGAACGUUGCCAACAUACAGUUGGAUGAAGUUGAACACAAUAAAACACAUCCAACAAAUGACAUAUUUCGAAAAUUCCUUUUUAAAGAUAAAAACCUGUCAACUAACCAACUUCUAAACGACUCUACGGAGGAAAAGUCUGACAAAGCGAGAAAUCGAAGGGAGCUUUGGAGUGUCAGCAAAGACAAAAUAAACAAAGUGGAUUCAAAAGUUCUGAGUAACAACGAAGUUCUGGAAGAAUCUGGAAGUUCUGGUCUAAAGCAGGACAAGAUGGAGGAAAGUUUGAAUCUUCACUACAAAGAUCCAAAGAAGUUCCAACCAAAUCUGGAACUGGUUUUGGAGCCGAUGUCAAAUUCAUCAGAUAACCAGACCUAUGGCAGGAAAUCACUGGCAAGUGACUAUGAAGAUUAUGGCGAUGAAGGAAGUGUUCUCGGUUUGGAUCAUCAUGUUGAAGAUAAUGUCAGUAUUAGGUCCACAGAAUCAAGGUUCAGAAGCUACUACAUCGCAGCAGAGGAAAUCAUGUGGGAUUAUGGGAUCAAUAAACCAGCUCAGCUCAUCAAACCAAGGGAGAUGCGGAGGGGAAUGAGAAAAUAUUUCCCAGCCUAUAAAAAAGUAGUAUUCAGAGCCUAUCAGGACAGAGAUUUCAAACAUCCAAUCAAACGAGGAGAACUGGACGAGCAUCUCGGCAUUAUGGGUCCUGUGUUGAAGGCAGAAAUUAAUGAUGUUCUUACUGUGGUUUUCAAGAACCUGGCGUCCAGACCAUACUCUUUCCACUUGCAUGGGGUGUACGAUAAGAUGCAGGGGAGUUUUAACCCUGGAACGGGCCCAGAAGGCGUCAAGGCCGAGGAAGUACCAGGUGAUCCAGUUCCUCCAGGGGAGGAGAGGGUUUACAACUGGAGAGUCUCCAGACGACAAGGUCCCUCAGCGUCAGAGUUUGACUGCAAGGCUGGGGCCUACUACUCCAACAUCAACAUGGAGAAGGACAUCAACUCUGGUCUAAUCGGUCCGGUGCUGAUAUGUCAUCCUGGUACCCUCCAUCCACGCGUCUUACGUCAGCCUGACGUGACAGAUUUCUUCCUUCUCUUCACCACCUUUGAUGAAAGAAAGAGCUGGUACCUCGACUACAACAUCAGGAAGUUUUGCACCCCACCCUGCCAGGCCAAAGUAGACGACCCGUGGUUUGAGAUGAGCAACAAGUUUGCAGCUAUUAAUGGCUACGUGUCAGAGACGCUUCCUGGCCUGAUAGUUGAACAGUACCAGACGGCUCGCUGGCACCUCCUCAAUGUUGGAAGUCGUGGCGAGUUUCACGCUGUACACUUCCACGGACUGCCGUUCGGAGUCGGAAAAAAUCAGGAACACCGCAUGGGAGUUUUCAAUCUCUAUCCUGGAGUUUUUGGGACGGUGGAGAUGAGGCCAGCCAUUGUAGGCACCUGGUUAAUAGAGUGCACUAUCGGAGAACAUCAGAUGGCAGGCAUGAGGGCCAAGCUGCUGGUUUACAACCCAAGGUGCAUUCAGCCAUUAGGAAUCCAGUCGGGAUGGAUUGACAACAAACAAAUAACAGCCUCUGACCACUAUGGUAACUGGAAGCCAAGUUUAGCCAGACUUGAGUUAUCUGGCUCUAUUAAUGCCUGGAUGGGCAGCGGCACAGACUCCUGGCUCCAGGUGGAUCUGUUAAGGCCCAUGCUUCUUCAUGGCAUUCGGACUCAGGGUGCAAAGACCUCGAUGGGUCUGAGCGAGUAUUUCACCAUCCUGUACAGCAUCAGUUACAGCAUCGACCAAGAAAACUGGACUACCUACCAAGGAAACAGUACCAAGUCAUCUUAUACCUUCAAUGGAAACAUGGACGGUUCCAGAAUAAAGGAGAACUUGUUUUCUCCGCCCGUUGUGGGUCGCUACAUCCGAAUUCACCCACUGACCUUUCAGAAGAAGCCCACACUGAGGAUUGAGCUGCUGGGAUGUGACCUUAAUAGUUGUUCUAUGCCGUUGGGAAUGGAGCGCAGGUUGAUUCCCAGCAGUAGCAUCAGCGCCUCCUCCUUCCUAAACAAGUGGUUACUGUCCUGGAGUCCUGACCUCGCUAGACUCCACCAGGAGGGGCGAGCAAAUGCAUGGAGACCCAAGACUAAUAACCCUCAUGAGUGGUUACAGGUGGACUUUCUCUCUAUGAAGAGAGUGACCGGGGUGGUCACACAGGGGGCCCGAUCCGCCCUGAAACCAAUGACAGUCACUGAAUUUACCGUCUCUAUUAGCAAUGAAGGCCACAGAUGGACCAGUGUGAAGGAGCAGGGCACAGACAGUGAAAAGAUCUUUGAGGGAAACAGCGAGCAUGAUGAGGAGGCGCUGAACGUGUUUGAUCCUCCCCUGUUCACUCGCUUUAUACGGAUUCACCCUAAAGGCUGGGUCAACGAUAUUGCCCUGCGGCUGGAGCUUUUGGGCUGUGACACUCAACCAACACUUUGAGAAAAUGUGAGAUCCAUCCACUGUGGUUGAAAGAGAUGGUUUUUCACUACAUUUUAUAAAAGAAUUUUAUAAAAACACACGGCUCUGUUCCAAACCAUGGUUUUAGAGUGGUUUCGUGCAUUUGUCAGCUGGGAGACUGCCUAUGAUGCCUAAAAAUGCUGUCUAGGUAGGCAGCUCACUUUGACUUUGAACAGAGCCCACAUUAGCACUACAUAGGUUUAUCUCUAGAACAGGUUUUCGUCAUGUGAUAUGAUGAUUUAUGUGUGUUGUAUCUGGUUGGCUGUACGUUAUAAAUGUUCUGAUCAGUAUGCUGCUCAUUUUAAUGUCUGCUUUUGAGACAUUAAUAUUAUUAUUAUUAUUGGGAAUAAACUACCAAUAUCUAUUUUUCAAGUAAAUGUACCCUUGCAUAUAAAAAAAAGAUUGUUUGGUUGGUUAUUAGAUGUUUGUAUAUUCUGGUCUGGAAUAACUACUGAAUCCGCCAUAUGCUGUACUUUCGUAUUUUGCACUGUGAAACAGGUUUAUUAUUUUUUCAGAUAUUUAAUGUUUAAUUAUGGAAAUAAAA